AUGCCUAACGCGAUCAUCUCGCCCUCCGUCCUCGCCUCCGACUUCGGCCAGUUGACGGCCGAGUGCAAGCGUAUGAUCAAAGGCGGCGCGGAAUGGCUGCAUAUGGACGUUAUGGACGGACACUUCGUCCCCAACAUCACGAUCGGCCCGCCUGUCCUUGCGUGGGUGGCGAAAUCCGUGCCGGGUGUCUUCAUGGACUGCCAUAUGAUGGUCUCGCGUCCCGAACAGUGGGUGGAUGACAUUGCGGAUGCUGGCGGAAAGCUAUACUGUUUCCACAUCGAAGCGACAUCAAACCCCAUCCCAAUCAUCGAAGCCAUUCAUGAACGCAAGAUGAAGGCAGGAAUCGCCAUCUCGCCCGAUACGCCCUCGACUGCCAUCACCGACGAGGUUGGCGCGCUCGUCGACAUGAUUCUUGUUAUGACGGUACACCCAGGACGCGGCGGCCAGAAGUUCAUUGAGCGCUGUGUGCCCAAAGUCUCCGAACUCCGCGCAAGGUUCCCGGACAAAGAUAUCGAGGUUGACGGCGGCGUUGGACCCAAGACGAUUCAGCAGUGCGCAGACGCAGGGAGCAACGUCAUCGUUGCCGGCACAGCCAUCUUCGGGGCGGACGAUCCGAACGGUGUUAUCAAUACGCUCAAGACGACCGUGAACGAAGCUCAGGCGCGUAUCGCUGCAAAGUGA